AUGGAAACAUCAAGUACCUAUCCUACUUCAAUUACUCUGGAUGUUCAAAGGGAAUUAACAAAAUGUCUUUUUUAUCGUAAGUGGCUCAGGCUGUUAACAACUUCGGUACUGCUUCCCCUGUCGCUAUCGAAUUUUCUUUGGUCGGCGCUCUUAAGAAAGUAUCCCGAGUCUUUGGUGCUCCAAAAAUGUUACAUUAUAUGCUCACUGUUAAUGGGUUUUGUUCAAUUCAUUUGCGAAGCAGUAGUAUUUUUUAGCACGGCGAAUUUAGACGAUCGUUUAAAAAUAUACAACAAGACGGAAUACGAAUUGCCUCAAUAUGAAGAAACAUCUACCACGGCUAAGUCUACCAGUAUUGAACACGUGGAGGAAAACCAUAACGACGACUAUCUAAUACUGAAUGCUUUACUACAUCGCUUAUGCUAUUUAACGAUGUCUGGAUGUUAUACGCCUUUUUUUUAUCUUGUAUGGUGUUUAAAUUCAGAUAAUUAUUCUUACGAACUAACCUGUUUUCUUUUUGGGAUAAUUACUUCUUGUUUUUUUUUGAUGCGUAUUUUUUUCCUGUGGAAUCCCGUCAGAGUAAUAACACAUCCUUUGGUAAUCCAACUUUGA